UGUAUCACUGUCAAUAUUUGGUAAUGAAAGGUUUUGAUUCAAAAUUUUCGUUAUCUUCACCUUUCAUGUACUGCAUUUUCGAAAGAAAAAAAAUCACAGGGUCAAACACGAUACCAACUGAACUUAGUUCUUUGAGUUUAAGGAACAGACUUUGUAAUUUGGAAGGUACAUUAUCUGAGUCAAAAGUUUCAGGACAAGACGGCACAUGUUGAGUUCAUUUACAAAGUCUACGUCAUGAAAAAAUAAAUUUAAUACAGUUAAAACUAUUAUAAACAUAAUUUCCGUGAAGAAUAUGCAGAAUAUUAUGCAUUUUCCCAAAAUAAAGACAACGAACCGUGAGUAGGACAACUACUUCCGAUUAACCUCUGGUCGUUAUCCUCACUUUUUCAUUAUCAUCCGUAACCCAUGGCGAUUUAAAGGGCCUGUGAUGGACACAAUUCAUAAUGACAGAAUUCGCUCCGUAUUCUGGUAUUGAAAAAUGCAAGUAUAGACUAGCUUUGUUUUUUCUCUCUCUCUUUCAAAUCACGUAUUCAAAACUUUCAAUAGAACAGAGUAAAGCUUUGUGUGAAUUGUCUAUUGACGUAAGGUAAAAGUGGAUCAAGUGAUACAUUGGUACAGUUUGUCUUCUAUAUGAACGAUGGUAAUUACUGUGUUUACAUCCGUGUGUAUUUGGUGGUAGUUCAUCACAUUUACGUUCUUUGAUUUCAGGCUAGUUAGACUCCCUACUUAAUACUAUGCAGCAUAUGAAACACAGUGCCCAUUGUCUUGAUACAGUGAACUUGUCUUCGAAAAGGGGUACUUAAAGUUGGGUCGUUGGUAUGUUGGUAUCCCCCCCCAGAAAUGUGACCCUCAUGGACAAGAUGGAACCAUUUAGGGAAUUAAAAUCUUUAUAGAGAAGUUGAUUACCUGCUUCAUGGAUUUUAAACACGUGUCCCGAUAUUUUUUUUAAUCGGAAACUUAGUUUCCACAAUAUCAAUUGGUUCACAAAGAUUAUACUCAAUUGCGUAGAUAGCGUUGGAACUUUUACAAUGUUAGCGAACAUGUUAGUUCAAAGGGGGCGAUAUUUUGAGGUUAAAUGACUGUGUUUCCAUGUUAAUUCAACAAGAUGAACACGUGUGGUUAUUUACAAAGGGGAAUUUUAAUGGAUUUCUUGGAAAUUCCGUUGCACUUUUUUCUCUUUAUUGAUCUACGUCCCAUUUAAGAAUAGUUCACCAUCUACAAUCAUACGAAAAGUAGAAUGCGGUUUGAUUCAUGCAUGACGGGUAAGUUAGAAUAACAGUACUCUGAUUUGCACCAUCCCGCCUGUGGAUUAUGUGAAAAAUUCAUAGUUCAAACGGCUAAGACCUAAGUUCAAGCUGAAAAGUUCUUUGUUCAGAUUACAAUAUGGUUUAUGAUAGUUCGAAGUGGAAGUCUUCAGGAACUAAAGCUGUUUCCACGUUUGCGAAAGCGACGUCCACCCACUUGCUAGAUUGCUGACACCCUGUCAUGAUAUUAUACCUAUAUUUUUACAUGUACAAAUAUAUAAGUUGAAUUUGAACUGACUACAUCUAGAAACAGAUAUUGAAGUAAAACUUAAAUUGACAUCCUCUGGAGAAUGUAAUGAUGAAUUCAACAAAUUAUAUUAAGGUAAGUCUAAGGAUUUCAAAUUUUAUACUAGAAAACCUACUGCAAUGUUAACUACAGUAACUGAUUUAGUAGACUGAUUCAGUGUUCCUCCAAAAAUCUCCGUAAAAGUAAAAAUAACGAAAUAUGAUCAAUUUCAUAACUCCUAUAAAUUAAUAGUAGGGCAAACACGGAUCUAGAUGUAGCAAAAGGUGUCUAAGAGAAGUCCUAUAUUUCAUUUCAUUUUUCUCUGAUGAAUUUGUAGUUUUCGUCAAAAAAGUGUUAUUACCAACGUCAGAUUACUUCAUAAAAUAAUAAAAUAUCAACCAUGACUGCAAAUAUACAAGGAAGAAAUUGAAAUUGGGUAAGUUGGAGUUAAUGUAAAAGUGGGAGGAGUCAAGAUAUAGAUUUCUUGGAUUUGUGUCACUCAAAGUACGUGUACGUUAUAACCACCAUACAAUAACUAUUCAUUUAACCAAUCACCGCUCUCAAAAGUAUGUUUAAACAAAUAAAUAAGAGAGAACAUUGACUGCUGGUAUACUGGGAUCAUGAUGCGCUGUUUAGAGAUCCGUUUUGCUGCCGUUGUACUUAUUGCAGUCAUCAAUGGAGUGGAUACAAAAUCAAAGUUAUUCCGUCUGAUCAGAGUAAGAAAUGCCUGUCGGAAUAGGAAUAUUUGCCAGAAUGGUGGAACCUCUAUUUCCUCUGCUAAAAGUUGGAUGUAUUGUAGAUGUAAGUGCCCGGAUGGAUACUUUGGGCGAGUCUGUCAAAGACACGAGCCACAAACAGAACAGUGUGUUACCGAUCACUGUGCUUCUUCUCCGUGUAAACAUGAAGGGAAUUGUACAUCAGGUUCAACAACGUUUUCGUGUCAGUGUGCACAUGGCUAUAAAGGAAACACGUGUGAAGACAUCGAUCACUGUGUUUCUUCUCCCUGUCAACAUAACGGAACGUGUACAUCCGGUCCAACUACGUUCUCAUGUCAGUGUGCAGAUGGCUUUAUCGGAGUCACGUGUAGAGACAUUGAUCACUGUGUUUCUUCUCCCUGUCAACAUAACGGAACGUGUACAUCCGGUCCAACUACGUUCUCCUGUCAGUGUGCAGAUGGCUUUAUCGGAGUCACGUGUAGAGACAUUGAUCACUGUGUUUCUUCUCCCUGUCAACAUAACGGAACGUGUACAUCCGGUCCAACUACGUUCUCCUGUCAGUGUGCAGAUGGCUUUAUCGGAGUCACGUGUAGAGACAUUGAUCACUGUGUUUCUUCUCCCUGUCAACAUAACGGAACGUGUACAUCCGGUCCAACUACGUUCUCCUGUCAGUGUGCAGAUGGCUUUAUCGGAGUCACGUGUAGAGACAUUGAUCACUGUGUUUCUUCUCCCUGUCAACAUAACGGAACGUGUACAUCCGGUCCAACUACGUUCUCCUGUCAGUGUGCAGAUGGCUUUAUCGGAGUCACGUGUAGAGACAUUGAUCACUGUGUUUCUUCUCCCUGUCAACAUAACGGAACGUGUACAUCCGGUCCAACAACGUUCUCAUGUCAGUGUGCAGAUGGCUUUAUUGGAGACACGUGUGAAGUGAUACCUAAACAUAGAACUUGCAUGGAGAUAUUACAACAUUACGCAAACACGAAAGGAAAAGAUGGGGUGUAUCCGAUAUAUAUAGAUGGUCAACAAAAGAUGGUGUACUGCGACAUGACAACGGAUGGAGGGGGGUGGACGAGCAUCCAAAAAAGAGUGGAUGGUUCCACCGAUUUUUAUAGAAAUUGGGACAAUUACAAAACUGGAUUUGGAGACCCAUUCACGAAUUACUGGAUUGGAAAUGAUGCAAUCCACAUUUUGACUACGGAGAAUGGUCAGGAGCUCCGAGUGGAUCUUAUGAGCUUUACUGGUGAGAAAGUGUAUGCCCUGUAUUCCAUGUUCCACGUUGGGAAUGAGGCCAGUAAAUACAAAUUCAGUGCCUCGGGAUUUUCCGGAACGGCGGGAGACGGUUUUGAGUUAACCAAUGGAAUACGCUUCUCUACAUACGACCAAGAUAAUGACAGUCACGGCGGUGUUAAUUGUGCGUCAGUACUUCAAGGUGCUUGGUGGUACAGCAGAUGUUCUUCCGCAAAUCUGAACGGGAAGUACGACGCCACAAACUUGUAUUGGGAACCUUGGGAUACAGAGUCCCAAAUAAAAGAGAGCAUGAUGAUGAUCAGACCAAAGAAAUAAAAUAUCAUAUGUUUCAUAACUUUCCUUUUUGUAAGACAUGCACACACAUACAGCCCGCAUCUCACUUACCUAUAUGUUAUGCUUAUGAGGCAGCCUUUAUUCAAAAGCUUCUACAUAAGAAGAAAAAAAACCUAGCUGUGACACUCAACUCAACAUUUAAAUAUAUCGACGACGUUAUCUAUUUACAAUAAUCAAUUCCCACGGAGUCCUCCAUAUGUGCUUUGAUAUUUUAUUGAAAAAUGGAUCUUAACGGCAAAGAGCAAGGUACAUUAGGGCCAAUAUUUCGCCAUAAAAUUAUGAAAAAUUUAAAAUGUGGUUUCACUUGGUUUAAUCAUUAUGAUUAUGCACUAGGGCAUUGGCCCUGAUGAUACAUGUGGAAAUUAGUGACGUAAUAUGUUCUGUGACGUCAUUUUCCUUAUCUCCAAUUGACAUGAUUUACCGAAAUCGCCGAAAUUAGCCGUUUUUUAAUGCCUUUGAAACCAUUUUUAAGAUGGAACACAUGCAAAAACCACAAAGAUGUUUUGUGUACAAAUUAAUCAUGUUGAAAGCCAGUAAUGAGCAAAAUUUCGACUUGGUUGGUAAAUGAGCAGACUAUUAAAUUUAACGUUUGACCAUUUCCCGCGUUCAUAUGUAAUACAAAUUUCAACGUUGAUGGUGUUCAUAUAUACAAGUUCAAUGAAUAAAUAAU